AUGCUGUAUCUUGGAAUGGGAGACUAAUUCAAACGUCUGAUUUUCAUAUUCACCGUUUUCCUCCUUCUCCAGCGCGUCACAUAUUCUCCUCUUGUUUACAUGUCCUUCUGAGCAAUGCCAGAGAAAGUCAUUGAUAACGUCAAGCGGGUGGAGGAUGUCUCUGAGAAGCCCACGAUCGUGAAGGAUUUCUCCGAUAAGCCCGCGAUCAUAGAGGAUGCCUCUGAAAACUCGCUCUCUCUAGACAAGACCGAAGUGGAGGAGGGCGAUGUCGUUGUCAACCUUUCGGAAGCAGAACAGAAGGCGGCUAUCCGCAAGGUUGAUUGGCGAGUAGUGCCGUUACUCACUUUUCUUUACCUUGUUUCGUUCAUUGACCGGUCCAAUAUUGGCAAUGCAAAGAUUGCCGGCAUGAAUGAUGACCUCAAUCUUCAUGGUCUGCAGUACAAUGCUGCCGUCACUUUAUUCUACGUGCCGUACACACUCCUAGAAGUCCCUUCCAACAUAGUACUCAAGCUUAUGCGGCCCUCGCUGUGGAUAUCGAUCCUGUUGUUCACUUGGGGCCUGGUAAUGACUCUCAUGGGGUUGGUAGAGUCAUACCAGGGCUUGCUAGCUGCUCGGUGGUUUUUGGGUGUCGCUGAAGCGGGAUUCUUCCCAGCGGCGACUUAUCUUCUGACUAUCUGGUAUAAGCGAUACGAAUAUCAAAAGCGAUUCGCGAUAUUCUUUUCCAUGGCUUCUAUGGCCGGAGCCUUCUCAGGUUUACUUGCAUUCGCUAUUGAGAAGAUGGACGGAGUUGGCGGCCGGAAAGGAUGGCAAUGGAUCUUCAUCCUCGAAGGCUUGGUUCCUAUCGCCACGUCUCUGGUCCUCUGGAAGAUUCUUCCUGAUUCCCCUGAGACAGCGACAUUCUUAAACAAGCACGAGAAGAGAUUCGUGAUCGAAAGAUUAGCUACCGAUACCGGAUCAGGAGAGGGUCGAGUUACCAACAAUGAACGGAUCAAGAAACACCACAUUUACAGCGCGUUCAAGGAGUGGCGAGUCUGGGCUAUGAUCUUAGUAUACUGGGGCAAUAGUGUUGGUGUAUAUGGCUUCUCUGCAACGGUACCGACAGUGAUUAACGAGUUGGGCUACACACAAGCUCAAGCGCAACUCCUUACUGUUCCAAUCUACUUCUUUGCUGUUAUCCUGGUCCUUGUUUUCGCUUUCCUAUCCGACCAUUAUCAGGUUAGGUGGAUCUUUAUUAUCAUACCUUAUACUAUUGCAUCCUGCAGCUUCAUUGCUCAGCUUGCUAUCCCACACCCUAGAUACCCUGGUGUAGCUCUCGGAUUCCUGUUCGGAAUCGCAGGCGGUUUAUAUUCUGGGUUCCCGCCAACGGUCGCUUGGGUUGCCAACAACUUAGCCCCUUCGUCAAAGCGAGCUGUUGCAAUGGCGCUGCUCAUUUCUGUGGGCAAUAUGGGUGCAAUCGCUGGUUCGAAUGUCUAUCUUGCACGUGAAGCUCCCGUGUACCACCUCGGGUUCGGAGCUUGCUUGGCUUUUCUGUGUGUUUCAAUUAUCAUGACCGUUGUCUUGCGCUUGUCAUAUGGGCGGGAGAAUGCUCGAAGAGACAGAUUGGUGGAGGAGCUCGGCGGUGAGGUGGGUGUGAAGAGUCGCUACUCUGAACAGGAAUUGCUCGAUAUGGGAGACCGCAGUCCAUUCUUCAGGUACGCUCUUUGAUCAGUUCGAUGAUCAGUUGCACGCGGUUGGAGGAUGAAGCUUUUAUGACGACGAUUCAGAGGGUAGAGAAUGAGCUUGUAGUAAAUUAAGGGUUCAGCGUGUAGGCCGCUGCUCGUUCAGCCCCUAUAUAACAUAUACAUUUUCAUCAUUUGAUGCGCAUCAUGUGCAUCAUGUGCAAGAGCGUCCAUAC